CAUGGCGGGGCCCCGCGGGCUCUGCCUGCUCUGCCUGCUGCUGGGCAGCCCCGCGGCACCGCGACCAGACAACGGAUCAGGGGCAGCUCUCAUCCCCCCUAGCCAGGACCCUCUUGCUGCAGAUGAGCUGGUGGACAAGACAGUCAGCAGAGCUGGGGUGCUGGGGCAUUCCAUGGGGUCAGAUGAUGGAGCUGGGAUGCCGGGGCAUUCCGUGGGGUCAGAUGAUGGAGCCAAGGGGCUCAGGCACCCCGUGGGUUCAUCUGGUGGAGCUGGGCACACCACUGCCCUCAACCUGCUGCCAGCCUUGGAGCACAGCACGGAUGCAGUGGAGGAGGAGACGACGCUGCGGGUGCAGAGCCGUGUCCUACCAACACCCAACACCCCCCCUGAUGCUGAUGCAAAACAAACUUUUCCUGUUAAGAAAAAGCCACCUGCUCCAAAGCACGGAAACACAGCGAGGAAGCACCCGAGGCCCAAGCCCACGCCAGCGUGGCCACCCAGGGCUGCUCCCCGGGCCACCCCGCAGGGCUCCAGGCAUCCUGAUGCCUCCCGAGGACCCUCUGCCUUGGCAGAGGCAGUGACCAGGCUGGGGAGCACGGAGCAGAGCCCCCCCGAGCUGCCCUGGGGGGUACAGACCACCACCAGCCUCCCCGUGCUGCAAAUCUCCCCCUCCACCCUGCCACCAGCAGCCCUGCCACCCUUCCCAGCUGGCACGGGGGAUGCUGGGGAGGGUCCCACCACGUCUCCAGCCAGGGCCACCAGUGGCUGGACAAAGGGCACAGAGAGUGAGGUGCACGGCUCCACCUUGGAAGAGACCCAAGAAACCACCACGUCCACCAUCAUCACCACCACUGUCACCACCACGGAGCCCACCCCGGUCCUCUGCAGCAUGAGCUUCCAUGACCCCGAGGGUUACAUCGACUCCACGGAUUACCCCCCCCUGCCCCAGCACAGCUUCCUGGAGUGCACCUACAAUGUCACUGUCUACACGGGCUACGGUGUGGAGCUCCAGGUGAAGAGUGUGAACCUGUCUGACGGGGAGGUGCUCUCCAUCCGGGGGGUGGAUGGCGAUGCUCUGGUGGUCCUGGCCAACCAGACCCUGCUGGUGGAGGGCCAGGUGAUCCGCAGCCCCACCAACACCAUCUCCGUCUACUUCCGCACCUUCCAGGACGAGGUGGUGGGGACCUUCCAGCUCCACUACCAGGUGUUCAUGCUGAGCUGCAACUUUCCACGGAGACCUGACUUCGGCGAUGUCACGGUGAUGGAUCUGCACUCGGGGGGAAUUGCUCAUUUUCACUGCCACCUGGGCUACGAGCUGCAGGGCCCCAGGGUGCUCACCUGCAUCAACGCAUCGAGGCCUCACUGGAGCAGCCCAGAGCCCAUCUGCUCAGCUCCCUGCGGUGGCACGGUCCGCAAUGCCACCAUCGGCCGCGUCCUCUCGCCCAGCUACACCGGGAACCAGACGGGCAGCAUGUACUGUGUCUGGGCCAUCGCCGCCCCCCCGGGACAGAAACUGCACCUACACUUCGAGAAGCUCCUGCUGACCGAGAAGGACAGGAUGGUGGUGUACAGUGGGGACACGAACCAGUCUGCUGUGCUCUACGACUCCCUGCGUGCUGACAGUGUGCCCUUCGAGGGGGUGAUCAGCGAGGGCUCCUCCAUCAGGAUCGACUUCCUCGCCGAGGAGCCUGCAGCUGCCACAGCUUUCAACAUCCGCUUUGAAGCCUUCGAGCGGGGCCAUUGCUACGAGCCCUACAUCCAGAACGGGAACUUCACCACCUCCGACCCCACCUACAACCUGGGCACCACCGUGGAGUUCACCUGUGACCCUGGGCACUCCCUGGAGCAGGGUCCUGCAGUCAUCGAGUGCAUCAACAUGCGGGAUCCCUACUGGAAUGACACGGAGCCUCUGUGCCGAGCCACGUGUGGGGGGGACCUGACAGCCGUGGCCGGGGUGAUCCUGUCCCCCAACUGGCCAGAGCCCUACGCUGAGGGGGAGGAUUGUGUCUGGAGGGUCCAUGUCGGCGAGGAGAAGAGGCUCUUCCUGGAUAUCCAGCUCCUGAACCUCAGCAACAGUGACAUCCUCACCGUCUACGAUGGGGACGAUCUGACUGCCCGCAUCCUGGGGCAGUACGUGGGCAGCACUGGGCCCCAGAAGCUCUACUCCUCCAGCCCUGACCUCACCAUCCAGUUCCACUCCGAUCCUGCCGGGCUCAUCUUUGGGAAGGGACAAGGAUUCAUCAUGAACUACAUAGAGGUGUCCCGAAACGACUCCUGCUCCGACCUGCCCGAGAUCCAGAAUGGCUGGAAGACCACGUCACACACGGAGCUGGUGAGAGGGGCCAAGAUCACCUACCAGUGCGACCCGGGCUACGACAUCGUGGGCAGUGACACCCUCACCUGCCAGUGGGACCUCAGCUGGAGCAGUGACCCCCCCUUCUGCGAGAAGAUCAUGUACUGCACCGACCCGGGGGAGGUGGAGCACUCGACCCGCCUCAUCUCGGACCCGGUUCUGCUGGUGGGGACCACGAUCCAGUACACCUGCAACCCUGGCUUUGUGCUGGAGGGCAGCUCCCUGCUCACCUGCUACAGCCGUGAGACGGGGACACCCAUCUGGACCUCACGGCUCCCACACUGUGUCUCCGAGGAGUCGCUGGCCUGUGACAACCCAGGGCUGCCAGAAAAUGGCUACCAAAUACUUUACAAACGCCUCUACUUGCCGGGAGAAUCCCUGACAUUCAUGUGCUACGAGGGCUUUGAACUCAUGGGGGAGGUGACCAUCAAAUGCAUCCUGGGUCAGCCGUCCCACUGGAGCGGACCCCUGCCCAUCUGCAAAGUGAAUCAAGACAGCUUUGAACACGCUCUAGAAGUAGCAGAAGCUGCUGCAGAGACAUCGCUCGAGGGGGGCAAUAUGGCCUUGGCCAUAUUCAUCCCGGUGCUGAUCAUCUCCUUGCUGCUGGGAGGAGCAUACAUCUAUCUCACAAGGUGUCGGUACUACUCCAGCCUGCGCCUGCCCCUCAUGUACUCCCACCCCUACAGCCAGAUCACGGUAGAAACGGAGUUUGACAACCCGAUCUAUGAGACAGGGGAGACGAGAGAGUACGAGGUCUCCAUCUAAGGACAGCGGUAAGAGAGGCUGCGAGCUUAAUGUGCUCUCAUAGAACUUCCUCAGUAACUAAUCCAGAGACCACGUGGAGUUUGGUCGGACCCCCGGACCUGCUGUUGUCUUUCCUUUUGCCUCUUUAUUGAAGAUUUUACUGUUUUCUUCACUGUAUUUAUUCUAUUUAAACUGGGAUAGGUGUGCUGCAGAGCCCCGGGCGCAGGCAGCAGCGGGAGCAGGGGCAGAGCCUGGACCCGGUGAGGCUGGGGUGGCACCGGGGCACCCACUGUGUGUGUCCCCCCCCCCUGGCAGGGUGACACCUCCCCUGUCACUGCCCACACACAGGCAGGGGGAUUUUUGGGGUUCUGCUGCUGUUAAAAAUUAAAGA